AUGAAGGACCCCCAGCUACCAGGUUAUAACUUCCAAAAGGCAUGUCCAAAGCGAUAUGAGGAUAAAAAAACAAAAAACCAAACUCUGAUCAAACCCACCAGACCUCCACUGCUGGGGUCCAGAGCACCAGCUGUAACAGCAGAGCAACAAAUGAAGCAAACAGCAUUUGAGAGGGUUGUGUACAACAUGUCCCACAAUGAAACAGUCAUCAGCGACAUUAUUCUGGGCAAAAGGAUAGCCUUUUACGAGCUCAGAGGGGAAAUCGGCACUGGAAAUUUCUCAAAAGUCAGACUUGGUGUUCAUGAAUUAACUAAAGAGCGGGUUGCAGUCAAGAUUCUCAAUAAACGGCGCUUGGACAAGAAGACACAAAUGUUAUUUGCUUCUGAAAUCUCUUGUCUGGAAAGAUUGUCCCAUCCAAACAUUGUGCGUCUUUAUGAGGUGGUAGAAACAAGUAAGCACCUGUACUUGGUUAUGGAGUACGGCAGUGGAGGAGACCUCUUUUCACGCAUCAGCACAAGGGGACGCCUGUCGGACUUGGAGAGCAAGCUCAUCUUUGCACAGAUCAUUUCUGCUGUUAAAUACAUGCAUGAGAGCAAUAUAGUUCAUCGUGACCUAAAGGCUGAAAACAUUUUCUACACUACCAGCUACUGCAUCAAGAUAGGUGAUUUUGGUUUCAGCACUGUAAGUGGCCCAAGUGACAAUCUGACUACAUUUUGUGGCUCUCCUCCUUACGCUGCGCCAGAGCUGUUUAAGGAUAAAGGCUACGUGGGCCGUUACGUAGACAUCUGGGCACUGGGUGUUUUGCUGUACUUCAUGGUGACUGCUACCAUGCCAUUCAACGCUGAAAACCUGGGCCGUCUAAAGCGCUGCAUCUUGCAGGGUGUCUACACCAUCCCGCAGUACGUGCCUGAGCCCUGCCAGCAGACUGUUAAAGGCAUGCUAAGGGCUGUUCCUGCAGACCGCAGCAGCAUUUCCCAGAUCAUGACCUGUUCCUGGAUGAGUGGCAUUGACUACCCAAAGCCUUUUCCUUGCCUCAGGCUGACACCCAGUCACCUGGUGGAGCCCUCUCAGGGCCUGUGUGCAGAGGAGGAGGAAGUCAAGUUAGCGCUGAAGGACUUGGGAAUUAGCAACAUGCACCUGCAGAAUAACACCUGCAUAGACUUGUGCAGUCCCAUCACAGGAACAUAUCGUAUUUUGCUGCACGGCAUUCAGAAAAGGAGAUUGGUGGAGGCUGUGGGAUAUUCAGCACUGGACCCUGAUGAUUUAUGUGACAGAAAGCAAUGGAACAGCAAAUAUGACCCUUCCACUGUCUGUACUGUGCUGUAAAGAAUCACUGCACCAAAUAGAAGAUACCUGUAUUGCACACAGGAGACAUAUGGGAAUUGUAUUGAACUCCAAAAGCAUAUUUUGCUAUUUGAAGGUGCUAAAUUAGAGCUAAAUCCCGUUGAUGUAUACAUGUUUAAAGAAAGUAAACAAUAAAUUUUCCGUCUCUCUAGGCCAGUAUGGGCUAAUGCAUUAAAGAGUAAUGUUAAAGAAAUGCAUUUUAUAACUUAUAUGCUUAUAUGAAAAUAUGCUACUCUGAGAUUUACUGUAUUCAUAUGUAUUUCAUACAUUUUUUAUAUUGUGCAUAGAAACUUUACUUGCAUUGACUACUUUUUACAUGUAAGAUUAUGUAAACAUACAGUAUAAAAAACAUUGAUACCUUUAUAUUAAUGCACACUUAGCACUAAUAAAUUACAGUGCAGUGUUUAAAUAAUUAAAUACUGGAAUUCAUUAAUAGGCCUGCAAGUGACUUGGUAUUAUACAGUACAUCUGUAAACAAAAGAUUAAAACCCUUCCCAAGGCAUUUGGUAGUUGUAACUGAGCUCUUUUCAUAUGAAGUCAUAGAGAUAUAA